AUGCCUGUUAUCGAUACGCGGCUUAUCCAGGGGGGAGUGAUGGAGGUUGGCCACCAGUUGAUGAGGAGAAGCGUUGACCAUACCGUGUUGGAGACGCUGGCUGUCGUGGGGACGGCCAUUUUCGGAGUGGGUGGAUUUAUCUAUUGGAUUAACCGCCGGUAG